AUGGAGAACCAACUAUGGCAUAACAGCGUGGGGUGCUGCAGUCAAUACCAAGAAAGCCCCCAGGAUGCUGAGGACAUCUUAUUCUUGCUGCUGGGCCUCAUCAUUCUUGUCAACAUUGGCAUCAACAUGGCAACUGUGAUGUGGCAUGGGCUGCAGAACGCCUUAGACAAGAUGAUGGAUUGCACAAACCAGAAAAAGGACAUUCAGGCUUAUGAAAGCUCCCCCAAAAGCCUCCCAGCCAAGGCCAAGGACAUGCAGAUCCACUGCAUCCUGGACCCUGUACAGGUGAAGAUGACCCGACCCACACAAUAUUCCUCUUCCUCUUGCCACCAUCCCUGCAAACACCGUCACAGCCGCCGUCGAAGCCGCAGCCGCAGCCGCUGUGGAAGCCGCAGUCGCAGUCGCAUCCACCAUCGCCGCUAUCGCCGCUGCAGGCCCCAGCAAAGGACACAAAACCGCAGACGAUUCUCCCAUGGCCGCUCUGGCUUCUGUAACCAACAUCACAGCCACAAGAUGUCACAGCCAAGGCCAAUGUCCUACCUUGAUGGGGAGGACCAAGAUCCCUACCUGGAGGAGGAGGAUGACAUGGCCUUUCCAUACCCCAAGUACCCACGUGGGGGCUGGGGUGGCCUCUAUCCACGAAUGGGCCUGCCUUCCAACGUGGGGCUGUGGGGCCGCCGGGGUGGGAUCCUGGCCAGCCUUCCCCCACCCUCUCUUUACCUGUCACCUGAGCUGCGCCGCAUGCCGAAGCGUGUGGAAGCAAAGUCUGAGUUGAGGCUGCAGUCCUAUGGGCCCUCACAAUCCCGAAUUUGGGGCAAUAUGGAGACUGAGCAGUGCACUUCAUCUCCACCACCUGCCCGCCGGCUUCCCCCUAACCCUACUUGGGUCCCUGCGGGGCACAGCCCUUACCCCUCAGCGGGCCUAAUACUGUACGAUUCUUGGGAUCAGCGGCGGCAUGGUGAGAGCUGUGAGCCCCCACCUUUCUCGGUGUCUCGGAACUCCCGGCAGGAACCCCAGGGCUAUCGGGAGUGUUAUUCUCCGCAGUCCCACCGGCGGAGCCUGCCUGGUCAUGGUCACUGCCAGCCCAACCGCAGUCCCCACCCAUCCCUGGGACACUUGGGCUACAGCUCCAGGAAUUCCCACGAAAUCCGGCGCCACGUGCUGGACUGGGCUGAGGCUCCACCCACUCGGUAUCCCCUGACCACCUCCACCUCUCUCACAGUUCUGGGAGAGACCUCAUAUCAACGGGCGCCCGCUGCUAGCUCAGCGCUGCUCCCCCACUCUUCCCAGCCUCUAUCUGAAGUCCAAGCUGCUGAUGCUGCCUCACCUCCGACCACCUUCAUCCCACUCAGCCGGAAUCCAGGGGGCAAUGUUAACUACCAGGUGUACGACAGCCAGGAGCUGAAGCGGCAGGUGCAGGAGGGCAGAAUAAGGGCCCACUCACUGCCACUACCUUCCACUUCAGCCUCCAGACCCUCCCUGCACAGGUCCCGGGCGGGGACACUCAGCUGA